CAUACACUCAUGGUAAGUGAACAACGUCACAAUGAAAUAAAACACCCUUAUACCGUAGUAACACCUUGGUCACGCGCUGAGAGUCAAUCAAAACGCCAGCAUAUUCAAAGGAAAUUCUUGUAUCCCCUAGAAGACCGACAUACACAUCCAUCUCCUCACACGAUUCUAUCCCGACAUGAACCCUCACAUAUCACUCCCACGUCAUGGUGAACCUUCAAACUUCGGUGGUGCUCCUCCCAGCAAUCAGAGCGAAGGCUUCCGCAUGCCUAGAUUCUUCAAGCGCCUGUUCAAGUUUCCGCAGAUGGACUUCGAGAUGGCCAUUUGGGAGAUGACUAGCUUGAUCAUAGCACCAAAGAAGGUUUUCAGGUCAAUAUACUACCAUAAACAAACCAAAAAUACAUGGCACCGGCCAGAUCCAUCCUUCACGUACCUUUUGUCUUUCUUCCUCCUCCUCACGUCGUUCGCAUGGGGACUCGCAUACGCACGUGGUAUCACGAACAUAGUAGCUAUCACCAUAAUAUUCAUCGCGAUUCACUUCCUGCUCGUGUCUGUCCUUGUGGCUGCUGCGUUAUACGUUCUCGUAGGCAAGUUUCUAGGCCCAGGUGUGCCCGGUCUGCCUGGAAAGAGAAGACAGGGGCUCUUCAUGCGCCCUGGCGAAGGAGAACAGCUCGAGUAUGGGUACUGCUGGGAUGUAUCCAUCAGGGCAUUCGUACCGGUGUGGGUAUUCCUGUAUGUGGUGCAGUUCGUCCUUAUGCCGGUAAUUGCAAAGGAAUUCUGGUUAUCGAAGCUUGUUGGGAAUUCAUUGUAUCUGAUCGCGUUCGCUUAUUACUUCGUUAUCUUAUUUUUGGGAUUCAACGCUCUGCCCUUCCUCCACCACACAGAACUACUCCUUGGACCAGUGCCUGUCAUCGCAACUAUAUGGCUGAUCAGUCUCUUCACGACAAACCUACCGAAACACUUCGCGCCAGUGUUAUGGGCAGGAGCAGGAUUGCGGAAGGACGUAUAG